GGGCAGCGGUGCGUCAGCUUAAUUUUUGUGACGUCAUGCAGCCUCCUUCUUACUAUAAGUACACAUACUAUGUCUCCAUCCAACUUGACCUUCGUGGAAUAAAUCCAAUAACACCCAAAGGACUGUAUCACCUUCCGCUUCUACAAUAACUGCAUCAAUCCCUAUAGGUGACCGGAGUCGGACUCUUCUUUCCCACCAGUCAUUGCGGCCUUGAAUCUCGGGCCCUCGACCCCUCGGGACACAAUGGCAAUGCAUGUCAUGAUGGCUCAUCGUUGUAUUAUAAUUUUCAUGAACAAGCUACGUGUUGUUUGUUCUGAAGAGAUUGGUGACAUUGUUGGAAAGUAUAAUACCUAGCCUAACAUUGAAUUAAACAUGCAGAAGCUUGGCAACUCAUUUCAAGGUCAAGUGACCAAGUAGCACCUGAUAUAAUGCUGAUGAGAAUAUUAUAUAAAGGAUAAAUAACAACCUAAGCUAAGUAAGAUCUUAGGUAACGAUGAGAGAGAGUAAAUUCCCACUUUUCAUCCACCACACACCGAAUAAAAGCGGAAGAAAUUUCGGCAACACUUUCGGCAUCUGUGAGAGGAAUGGGGAUAUCUGAAAAUUUCCAGUUCGACCUCCCAUCCCAUUUGCGGCUUUAGUUUUGACGAGACAACAUGGCACCUGUACUGGCUUACUGGGAUAUUCGUGGGCUUGCCCAGCCCAUCCGUCUCUUGCUGGAAUACACAGGGACGGAGUUUGAGGACAAGUAUUACAAAUGUGGUCCAGCUCCUGAUUACGACAAGUCUUGUUGGUUUGACAUCAAGGAAACACUUGGAUUUGAUUUUCCUAAUCUUCCCUAUUACAUUGAUGGGGACAUCAAGGUAACACAGAGCAAUGCCAUUAUGCGCUACAUUGCUCGCAAACACGACCUCUGUGGUAAGACUGAGGAGGAAAAAGUCCGUGUUGACAUCCUGGAGAACCAAGCCAUGGACUUCCGCAAUGGUUUUGUUCGCUUGUGCUAUGUGACAUAUGACACAGGGAAGGAUGCCUAUCUGCAGGCCCUGUCAAAGACCAUCGAAAGGUUCUCAAAGUUUUUAGGGACACACACUUGGUUUGCUGGUGAUGAGAUCACCUUUGUGGACUUUAUCAUGUAUGAAUUACUAGACCAACACCUGCAGUUAGACAAGGACUGUCUCAAGGAUGCUCAGAACCUGCAAGAUUACCAGAAGCGCUUUGAGGAGCUGGAGCCCAUCAAGAAGUACAUGGCCUCCACCAGGUUCAUGAAGGCUCCCCUGAACAACAAGAUGGCAAAGUUUGGUAACAAGUAGAGAAGAGAUAUCAUGUAGAAAAGAAAAGCUACGCUCAGCUAGCCCUCCUAAAAAUAAAAAAAAAUAAAUAAAAAACUAAACAGCAGUUAUUUUAAUUUUAUAUGAAUUCCUCAUUUUUCUUCAAAUAGGAUAAAAUGAUUAUUUGGCAUCUAACAGAAUAAGACUUAAAGUUGGAUAAUAUUAGAUAUUUACCAUGUAAUAGGAUGAAAUUAAUUAUAUGGCAUCUAAUAGGAUAAGUAGAAUUCUUGUCAUCCAAUCUGUUAACAUUGAUUAGCUAUUUGAAAUAUAUUUGACAUAUAUGAAAACACAAAAUGUAGCACUAAUAAUACAUUGUGCCUAUACUCUUGGGGAAAUGCACCACUCUGCAUGAUGGUGGGGGUUCCUCAAAUUUUACACUGACAGCUUCAUAAGUACAAACAAUAAGGCAUUCAGGCCUUUAUCCCCUCACUUGAGUACAGCUUCAGAGUUCAGUUCUUAGCACCUUCAGUUUUUUAUUCUCUGAGAUUAUGAUAAAUUGUUUUGUAAGAAAUUUACAAAAAUUUUGAAUAUUUUCUGAGAAACUGAUCUGAUAAUGUUUUGAGCACAUAUAUCAUGUUACUGGUAACCGGAUGCUGCAGAAGUAAUUAUGAAUAAUGAUUUUGUCAGUUAUAUUAAUUAAAUUAUUUUGGCUGUCUGGUAAAUAUGAUGCAUAAAAGAAUGAGAAUUUUGGAUUUUUUUUAUUUAGAUAUUGGUCAGUUUGAGAACAUUUCCUAGUAGAAUAGGCAUUUUUUAGUGUUAGUCUUUGUAGGAGAGAACCAUUUAUAAUGACAAGAUGUAAAAUGUUUAAUGAAAACUGAAUAGUAUGAAAUAUGAUCAAAUGAAUGUUAAUAUUUUUAUGUGUGUGAAAUUUAUGUUGAAAUAUUUAUUAAAGUAAAAUUAUCUCCAAUAGAUUGACAUGGAGUGUGUAAGAUACAUGAAAAUGAAUUAUGGUUAUAAUUAUAUAGAAAGAUGUAAUGUUUAUGAUUGAAUUAAUGUGUCUACUGUAUGUAUGCAUGAAUGCUGGUAUGUUAAUGAUACUUCAGGAAGUGAACAACAAUGAUAAUCAUAGUAUGUGAUAAUAUUUUGCUCAAGUUUCAUACUACUCUCACUAAGACAUUUAAUAAGUCUCUAUCUCAUGCAUUUUGAUUGUCAUCUAAGUUUAGCAGAAUAAAGAAAUGUGAUUGACAA